AUGAUACUGGAAAAUGUACAAGUACAACUACCAAAAUGCUUGGCCCAUGUCCAGUACCAGGUUCAGUACAAGGCCCCUGGGCCCCCGCCGCCGGGGGUCACAAGGACCCCGGAGGAAAUAGAACAGGAAAUCAAGAAGGUGGAAGCUCAGUAUGAGAAAUUAGCCAUGGUUUUUAUUGAUCUCCCUCAGGAUGUGAUGUGGAAUGAGCCGCCCGUCAUCUGCCAAUGGCACGACGCUCGCAAAAUUUGGACGACAAAUUAUGUCAACGAUUACAAGUUCAAUGAAGAUAAACUGACUAUACAGUUCAGAACUGGAGUUCUUUGGCCCCGUCUGUGGUGGUCUUUUGGCACUUUGAGGCGCGCGCGGUACGCUACGCGCCGUCCGCUCGGGUCUGGAUCUGGUCGGGCGGCGAACAACCCUUACUCGCCGACCGCAGACCCCGGCUUACGGUGGCCGGAGAUCUCUCGAUCCCCGACGACCGGAUUGUCCCCUACUGCUCCGCCUCCUCCUGCCCAUGAUGGACACCUACAAUAUCAUAGGAGUUACGAGUGCGUUGCUGACCUUUCGGGAUUAAGCUCAGCCCAAGGUCAAAGGGUAAUCCACCUUAGCCAGCAUAACUGUGUCAUCGAGGAAACCCAGGUAUUUUGGGCAGAUCAACCGCGACUCUGGUUUGCCCAGUUCGAGGCCACCGUUGAAGGACAGCGAUUAGGCGGCGCAAAGCAGAAUUUAGUGAUUACAAAAUUGAACAACACCGCCAUUCAACAAGUGAGCGACUUGUUACUUACUCUACCCAACACCCCCUUAUCCAGCCCUGAAAACCUGGUGUCGACAUCUUUGUUUACAGGGCCCAUUGGUAUCGCGACAUUGAGGUACAGCAAUCUGCCGUAUCAAGCAUGGGACAUCAAACCGGAUCCAGACGGACGCGGUGUGAUCGUCACGGUGACCGGUCUUUGUGUCACCGUCACAUUCGUCUGCAUGAGUAACUGGGUGAAACUGAAGUCCAUCACCAACGCGUCCACCGCAGCCCUGUCUGAACACUUCAACAAGCCUUACUCCGUGAAGCAAUUGGUUCGGAUAAUGCGCGAAGCUGCCUGCGACUUCUUUCCAGACUUCGACGCUCACAACCACGUUAAGGGGUCGGCUCCCAAAGAAUGGGUGGUGGAGAGGCACACGUACCAUGCCAUGGCGUUCCUGUCCAAGGCAUACAACUUCCAGUCUAGCAGGUGGAAUCAAGGAGGUGGUUACCGGAAUAUCAUCCUGCAAUGCAGAGAAGCUGUCGAUAAGAAAAGAUCGUCAAAACUACAGCUGAUGCUGGUAAACCCUGAACGAGCAGUUCUACUGAAAUGCACGGAACAAGCAAACGAAAUCAACUACGAUUCACAGCCAGGACUGAAGUUCUUCCCUGGACUAUUCACGUUCAAUAUGCUCUACGGAUCCGUCGACGCUCGUCGAAUAACUUUCAAUAUGAAAUACAAACUAGUGGAGACUGUUUUCGAACUUUUACAAGAAAUUAAACCGUGUAGCUACUCGUAA